CGUCGAGGUUUUAUCAACAGCAGUCGCGAGACUGCGAUGGCGGAAAAACAGGUGUUUUGUGUUUAUAAUCAUAAUUUACCAUUGGCAAAAAAAAAAAAAAAAUAACACUAUUGUCAAGCUCCAAUGUUCAUCAUGUCUAGCGACGACUAAAACUGCUGCUUACUCUGCCAUCGCUUCUCUUCUCGUCAGUUGUGUUGUAAUCUUCGUUGGCGCCGAAAGAGCCGAUUUACUCCGUAGUAAUACAUAGUAAAUUUUUUACUCGUUUUCUUUAUCACGACGGUUACGAAUCGGCUAUUAACACGAUAUUUGCAUUUUUAUAAAUUAUUAUAACGUAUAAUAACAUAUGUCGUAUAACUCUGUUCGACUUCACUAUUUGUAUCAAUGUGUUCUACCAUGAUAUCCCAAUGCCAUUGCCACUGAUGCUGCUUAUUCCUUGUAUUGUGUCUACCCACAUACGUUUUGUCAUCCUGCGUUGCCCGCAGCUUUCAGGACUGUCAAGGACGGAAUGAGGUAACUGUCACAGCGCAUUACUCAUACGCAAUAUCUGCGUGUGUGUUUUUGUAUGUUUUGUGCCCAAUCGGUAUCCACCUGCCUGAUUGCUCACAGCCACCAGUUGCCAACAUGGAUCCUAGGGUACAACCUUCAAGCAAAUAUUUCCCAGUUGCAAUGACUGAUAAUGAAGAACCAUAUCCUAGUCUUUCUGAUUACCAUGAUUAUGAACCCAAUUUAGAAUUUGAUGAUACUGAAUUACAAAGUCCAACAGCAGAUAUUGACUUGGAGAAGAGUAUAGCUAUUGUAAAUGGUACUGGUGGAACAUUAGAUUACAUGGAAUCUCCUGUUUCUGAUGGUACUAUUGAAGAAAAUUUUGAAGAAGAACUAGUAAAUGCACCUCAAAUUGUUGAAGGAUUAACAUCUUUAAAUGAUAAAGAAACUGGCAAUUUAUUAGAUGAUUUAGAAGCUGAUGAUUCAAAAGAAGAAGAAGACUUUAGCGAUGUUGCUAAAUAUGGGGUGGUUGAUGUUGUUGGUGAUGAUGCAGUAGGCCGUAAAAUCAUAGUAGUAUCAGCUUGCAAAUUACCUAGUAACAAAGAAGUGGAUCAUCCAAGACUUCUUAGAUAUCUAAUGUACACUUUGGACAAAUUUGUGGAACAAGACUACAGUUUAGUAUAUUUUCAUUAUGGAUUAACAAGCAAAAAUAAACCAACACUGUCAUGGCUGUGGCAAGCGUACCGUGCAUUUGAUAGAAAGUACAAAAAGAACUUAAAGGCUCUGUAUUUAGUACAUCCAACUGGUUUUAUUAAAGUGGUUUGGCAACUUUUUAGAGCUGUUAUUAGUGCAAAAUUUGGCCGAAAAAUUAUGUAUGUAAAUCAUCUUCAAGAACUGAAACAGUAUUUAGAUUUAGAUCAAUUAAAUAUUCCAAUACCAGUUUUAGAUCAUGAUGAACAGUUAAUGAAAAAAUUAAAGAAAGGAAAAGUAACGCAACAAGUAGAAUUAGAAGCUGAACAAAAACCUGAACCAUUACCAACUCAGCAAUUUGGUGUUUCCUUACAAUUCAUAAAACUCAAUAAUAAUGGAGAAAUAAUUCCUCCAUUGGUGCAAAAGUGUGUUGAAUACCUUAGUCUACCAGAUGCUUUAGAAACGGAAGGACUGUUUAGAAGAUCUGCAAACAUUAAUCAUGUAAGGGAUUUACAAAAUCGUAUCAAUCUUGGUGAACCAGUAGAUUUUGGCAACGAUGUACAUCUUGCUGCUGUUUUGUUAAAAACAUUUUUACGAGAGCUUGAAGAACCUUUAAUGACAUUUGAUUUAUUUGAUGAAAUUACUCAGUUUCAAACUCUUCCAAAGGAUGAACGUCCAAGGCAAGUAAAAAUUCUAAUAUUGGAAAAGCUCCCUCUUGAUAAUUACCAUUUACUCAAGUACCUUAUACAAUUUUUAUCAAAAGUAAUGGAUAGGUGUGAUCUGAAUAAAAUGACUUCAUCUAACUUAGCAGUUGUAUUUGGUCCAAAUUUAGUACGCAGUCCAAAUAGUCAGUUAUCUUUAGCUGCGAUUGGUCCUAUUAAUGCUUUUACUGAUUUUGUACUUGUUAAUCAUGACCAAAUAUUCAUCAUAUAAUCAUUGUAUAGAACUUGUAAAGUAUUAUUUUAUGACAAGGAUAAUUAACAUUCCAUUACAUUUAAACAUUAUUUUUGGUUUACAUUACCACUUACAUUGUCAAAACUGAUUUCAUAAUCAAUUAAUUUAUUAAUUUACUUACCAAUGAGUAUUUCAUUU